AUGCUUGAGGAAAGUAGCAUUUCUCAUGAUCCAGUGUUUAAAUCCAUGCAUAAUGUUGUGCAUAUAGAUGAGAAAUGGUUUUACAUGUCCCCAAAAUCCUCAAAGUUUUACCUACUUGCAACUGAGGAUGAUCCAUAUCGCACAUGCAAAAACAAAAAUUAUAUUGGUAAGGUUAUGUUUUUGGUUGUGAUGGAUAAUCCUAGAUUUGAUGAUGAAGGCAACGAAAAAUUUAAUGGGAAAAUUGGCGUGUUUCCUCUAGUUACUGAAGUUGUUGCAAAAAGGUCAAGUGCUAAUAGAGCAUCGAGGACACUUGAAACAAAACCAAUUACUUCUAUCACUGAAGAAGUUAGCCGAAUGUUCUUAAUUAACAAGGUGUUACCAGCUGUUAAAGAAAAAUGGCCACGAGAAGACGUGGGGGAAACUAUUUACAUACAACAGGCCAAUGCACAAUCUCAUAUUUCUAUAGAUGACGAGAAAUUUUGUAGAGUAGCUAUCGAAGAUGGGUUCGAUGUGCAUUUAACUUGUCAACCACCUAAUUCUCCUGAUUUAAAUAUAUUGGAUUUGGGCUUUUUUAGCGCAAUUCAAUCAUUGUGGCAAAAGGAAGUGUCUAUGACAGUUGAUGACCUUAUUGAGGUUGUGCAAAAAUCUUAUGAAGCUUUGUCUAGCAAAGAUUCAAACAAAAAUUUCCUUACUCUUUAG